AUGAAGCUGGCCGCCCUGUGCGCCACGGCGCUGCUGGCCCGUGCCGUCGGCAGCCGCGUGCGCGCCCGCGCACGGCAGGAGCCGGACACCGCCUGCGGCAAGGGCUUCGACGAGCUGGUCCCGGGCUCGAAGGACCCGGACUACUUUGCCACCGCCUCCGUGGAGCUCUUCCCGGGCCGGAGCGACAACGCCACCUUCGCCACCGAGCUGCAGUGCUGGUUCGCCCACAUGGUCACGCAGUCCUGCGGCGGGCUGCCCUCCCAGGCGGCAGAGAGAAAGAAGAAACUGACAGAGGCGUGCACGGCGAUUCCCGUCGACUGGCAGGUCGUUUGGAAGAUGUUCAGCACCGAGGAGGUGGACUACUUCAAGAGGGAGUACCCCGCCAAGGACCCCAGCGAGGAGGGCGGCAUGGAAGCGGCCACGAAGGUGAACACGAAUGCGCCCGGCGAGAGCCCCAUAGCCUACAAGCAGGCCAUGGAGACCGUCAAGCAGGCAGUCGAGGUGCUCUGCCUCACCCUCUUCACCAUCGACGACGAGUGCGUGAAGCACGAGUACAUCCGCCUGGCGAAGUGA